AUGAUAGCAGACAACCUUAGGCCAUCCUCUCCUGUUGUGUACGAGGCUCCCAGUAAAUUAAUAGUACCUAGAGAAAGUGAAGGCCUUCACGAGUUCCUCAUCAACAUAGUACGUGUAGCAACAGAUGUCAAUGAAGACUGCCAUGUAUACCUUCUGGAAGAUGGCUUACUGUUGUGGCUGACCACUCUAGAAAAUACAGCAAAUCCACAUGAUGCUCUUCUGCACAUUUUUGACAACAUGCUUCCAUUACUGGAAUUAUCAUCAGAAAAUCUAAGACUUUGCCUGCAAAUCACAACUGCUUAUACACUGCUUUGCCCGGAACAGUUUCUUUCCAAGUAUGGCAGUCGUUUAGUUGGGACCUUUAGCUCAAUGCUAACAGAUAUGAAGGGCGAAGGUAUGGUUUUGGUCUUGCGAGCAGUGGAGAUGAUACUUCGUGUACGUCCUGCUGAAGGGGCAUCUCUGAUUCAGCCAUUGUUGCCUGGCGUUAUUAAAGCAGUCGCUGAAGGAGACCAGUACCCAAUGAUUAUGUCAAUGUAUCUCUCUCUGGUGGCUAGAUUGGUCCUCUAUGCUGAGCCUAUAUUUAUGUGGGCUGUUAACCAGGUUGCUAGCAGUGAAGUCAAGAGACCGGAAGAAGUGUUGGAGCGCAUUGUCAGUGUCUGGGCAGAUAAACUAACCUUAGUAUCUCCAGAGGAACGGCGCAAAUUAUGUGGCCUUGGUCUUGCCCACUUGUGUGGCUCAGGUUGGCCUCCAGUUCUCAAAGUUUGGCCACCUGCUAUUACUGCUGUUGUUGAAGUAGUUUUUGAUGUAACAGUGGAAGAUUCAACGCAGGAUAAACUGGUAAGGAAGUAAAUUUAGUUUAUGUACAGUGGAUCCCCACGAAUUUGUGGUUCCGAAUUCGCAGAUUUUUCCUUAGAACCCACCAAAUCAUUGUUCGCGGAAAUUCCUGCAAAUCCGCAGAUUUUUUUUUUUUCAGCUUUUUUCGUGGCAAUAUAUAAUUUUUUAUGCAUUUUAACACAAAAUACUAAGAAAAAUAUAGUUUAGUAAUUUUGUAACAUAAAUAUUAAUGUAAAUUCAGCAAAAUUUCCAUAUACUGUAAAUUUUUACUAAAUUAAAUCAUUACCAUAUAUUUACCAUACAUAUACCAAAGAAAACAGGGUUGCAUGAAUUACAGUAUACCAAAGAAAAUGGGCUUGUAUGAAUUACAGUACAUGUCCCUCCCCCCCUCCUCCCAACAAGUCGGCCGUCACCCACCGAGGCAGGGUGACCCAAAAAAGGAAAAAAUCCCCAAAAAGAAAAUACAUUCAUCAUCAUUCAACACUUUCACCAUACUCACACAUUAUCACUGUUUUUGCAGAGGUGCUCAGAAUACAACAGUUUAGAAGCAUACACAUAUAAAGAUACAUAACAUAUCCCUCCAAACUGCCAAUAUCCCAAACCCCUCCUUUAAAGUGCAGGCAUUGUACUUCCCAUUUCCAGGACUCAAGUCCGACUAUAUGAAAAUAACCAGUUUCCCUGAAUCCCUUCACUAAAUAUUACCCUGCUCACACUCCAACAGAUCGUCAGGUCCCAAAUACCAUUCUUCUCCAUUCACUCCUAUCUAACAUGCUCACGCACGCUUGCUGGAAGUCCAAGCCCCUCGCCCACAAAACCUCCUUUACCCCCUCUCUCCAACCCUUUCGAGGAUGACCCGUACCCCGCCUUCCUUCCCCUAUAGAUUUAUAUGCUUUCCAUGUCAUUCUACUUUGAUCCAUUCUCUCUAAAUGACCAAACCACCUCAACAACCCCUCUUCUGAACUCUGACUAAUACUUUUAUUAACUCCACACCUUUUUCUAAUUUCCACACUCCAAAUUUUCUGCAUAAUAUUUACACCACACAUUGCCCUUAGACAGGACAUCUCCACUGCCUCCAACCAUCUCCUCGCUGCUGCAUUUACCACCCAAGCUUCACACCCAUAUAAGAGUGUUGGUACUACUAUACUUUCAUACAUUGCCUUCUUUGCCUCCAUAGAUAACGUUUUUUGACUCCACAUAUACCUCAACGCACCACUCGCCUUCUUUCCUCAUCAAUUCUAUGAUUAACCUCAUCCUUCAUAAAUCCAUCUGCUGACACGUCAUCUCCCAAGUAUCUGAAAACAUUCACUUCUUCCAUACUCCUCCUCCCCAAUUUGAUAUCCAAUUUUUCUUUAUCUAAAUCAUUUGAUACCCUCAUCACCUUACUCUUUUCUAUGUUCACUUUCAACUUUCUACCUUUACACACAUUCCCAAACUUGUCCCCUAACCUUUGCAAUUUUUCUUUAGAAUCUCCCAUAAGCACAGUAUCAUCAGCAAAAAGUAACUGUGUCAAUUCCCAUUUUGAAUUUGAUUCCCCAUAAUUUAAUCCCACCCCUCUCCCGAACACCCUAGCAUUUACUUCCUUUACAAUCCCAUCUAUAAAUAUAUUAAACAACCAUGGUGACAUUACACAUCCCUGUCUAAGACCUACUUUUACCGGGAAGUAGUCUCCCUCUCUUCUACACACCCUAACCUGAGCCUCACUAUCCUCAUAAAAACUCUUUACAGCAUUUAGUAACUUAACACCUAUUCCAUAUACUUGCAACAUCUGCCACAUUGCUCCUCUAUCCACUCUAUCAUAUGCCUUUUCUAAAUCCAUAAAUGCAGUAAAAACUUCCCUACCUUUAUCUAAAUACUGUUCACAUAUAUGCUUCAAUGUAAACACUUGAUCUACACAUCCCCUACCCACUCUGAAACCUCCUUGCUCAUCCGCAAUCCUACAUUCUGUCUUACCUCUAAUUCUUUCAAUUAUAACCCUACAGUACACUUUUCCUGGUAUACUCAAACUUAUUCCUCUAUAAUUUUUACAAUCUCUUUUGUCCCCUUUCCCUUUAUAUAAAGGGGCUAUACAUGCUCUCUGCCAAUCCCUAGGUACCUUCCCCUCUUUCAUACAUUUAUUAAACAAAAGUACCAACCACUCCAACACUAUAUCCCCCCUUGCUUUUAACAUUUCUGUCAUGAUCCCAUCAGUUCCAGCUGCUUUGCCCCCUUUCAUUCUACGUAAUGCCUCACGUACCUCCCCCACACUUACAUUCUGCUCUUCUUCACUCCUAAAAGAUGGUAUACCUCCCUGACCAGUGCAUGAAAUUACCGCCUCCCUUUCUUCCUUAAGAUUUAAAAGUUCCUCAAAAUAUUCUCGCCAUCUACCUAAUACCUCCAUCUCCCCAUCUACUAACUCCCCUACUCUGUUUUUAACUGACAAAUCCAUACUUUCCCUAGGCUUUCUUAACUUGUUUAACUCACUCCAAAAUUUUUUCUUAUUUUCAUUAAAAUUUCUUGACAGUGCCUCUCCCAUGCUAUCAUCUGCUCUCCUUUUGCACUCUCUCACCACUCUGUUCACCUUUCUUUUGCUCUCCAUAUACUCUGCUCUUCUUAUAAUACUUCUGCUUUGUAAAAACCUCUCAUAAGCUACCUUUUUCUCUUUUAUUACACCCUUUACUUCAUCAUUCCACCAAUCACUCCUCUUUCCUCCUAUCCCCACCCACCUAUAACCACAAACUUCUGGCCCACAUUCUAAUACUGCAUUUUUAAAACUAUUCCAACCCUCUUCAACCCCCCCACUACUCAUCUUUGCACUAGCUCACCUUUCUGCCAAUAGUCGCUUACAUCUCGCCCGAUAUUUUACAUCUUUGCACUGCGGGAGACAUAGCAGUACAGUACUGUAUUCGGGUUUAUCUUUACAUUUUUUUUUUAAGGGUGAUGUAUGAAGCUUAGUUUUAAAUUAGAUUAGUGUUUCGGGGCAUAUUUAGGGUUUAAACUAUAAAAGUAGGCUUUCUUUAACUGUCCAGAAUUUGCAGUAACCCCCGUGAAUUUGGGGGGACUACUGUAUACCCAAUUGCAAAAUAUGUAAUACCAUUGCCUACAGACACAACUAAACAAUGCUCACUUUGGUACAGGCCCAAGGAUGUGCUUAAAUUUCAUGAUGCACGUGAGUGGUGGAGAGCUACGAAUUUGUUAAUGAAGCAUUCUGAUCACUAGAAAAAAAAAAAAAAAGCAAAGAUGAUGAAUUGGGAAAAAUCAUCCAUUAUUGGAAGUCACAGUAGGCUUUAGUAUGGAAGUGCUAUGACAAAUUAACUUAUUAGACAUUAACACUGGUUUCUUGGUCAUCAUGCUCUUUUAACAAACUGGCCAUAUCCCACCAAAGCAGGGCGACCCCAAAAAGAAAUCAGUUUAAGGCUCUACUUGGAAAUCACCUCAUCACACAAAUUAACCAAACAAACUCUCUACUUUAUCACCUACUAAGAGCUCCAAAAACUCCUAAAUAAUUUAAGAUUGCUCAAUCAUUUAAACAUUAUUUCAAACUUAAAAUUUUUUUAAUUUCAUUACUGUAAAUUGUGCUAAAUUGUAAUACUGUAAUCUUUUAUGGAAUUUAUCUCGACUGUAAAUUCAUUUACUGUAAACCACUAGCUACCUCCGUUGUAAUAAGAAAAACGAUGUAUAAUAACAAUUUACUACUAUAAAUAUCUCGAGUAUUAAGUACAGUGGAACCUUGAUUUUCGUGAUGAAUCCCUUCGAAAAAGUCUGACAAUAAACCGAAUCAUGCGAAAACUGAAGCAAUAUUUCCCAUAAGAAAUAAUGUAAAUCCAAUUACUCUGUUCCAGACACCCAACAGACUAGGGCAUACGAAAACAGAGGUUCCAGUUAGUUGAAAGCUUUAGGUUUAGUCUGCCCAAAAUGCCCUGGCAUGAUAGUGGCUUUCUUGUACUUUAACAAAUCAAAAUUAUAAUCACACAUUGUAAACAUUGCAAAGAAAUAAAAUAUUUAUCUUUAAGGGUUUACUAGCCCCUUGCUCCCAUCAUUAUAAUUGCCUCUUAGGCACACAUGGCUUAUGGAGAAAAAAUUAUUUUCUUUGGAGAUAAGAGGAAAUGAAGAACAAGAGCUAUUAAGAAAAUAGAAAAAACCAUAAUGGGUAUGUGUAAUGCAGUUAUUACGUUACAUAAAUAUUUUCUGGUGCCUAGGGGAAACAGCCUUGUCUAGGGGCAUUUAAAAUAUUAAACAGAAUACAUCAACCUAGGACCAAGCAUCUUUCUUCACAAAAUCUAGAUGGUCAGUACUUACAUUAAUUAUCAGGAAGGGCAAUUAAAUUCACUUUUUAAGAAAAAUGAAAGUUUCUCUUUUUAAAUUAAGUAAUGUAUGCAGGUGAAUUGUUUACUGGCCCAUUGCUCUCUGCAUUUUAGUCACCUUUUACGGAAGAAGAAUUCUGUUCCACUUUCAUAUGGUGAUAAGCGGAAAUAAACAAGAACUAGUGAAAAAAUAGAAGAAAACUCAGCGGUGGUUGUGUGUGUUUUUUUUUUUUUUUUUAACAAGUCGGCCGUCUCCCACCGAGGCAGGGUGACCCAAAAAAGAAAGAAAAUCCCCAAAAAGAAAAUACUUUCAUCACCAUUCAACACUUUCACCACACGCGCACAUUAUCACUGUUUUUGCAGAGGUGCUCAGAAUACAACAGUUUAGAAACAUACACAUAUAAAGAUACACAACAUAUCCCUCUAAACUGCCAAUAUCCCAAACCCCGCCUUUAAAGUGCAGGCAUUGUACUUCCCAUUUCCAGGACUCAAGUCCGACUAUAUGAAAAUAACCGGUUUCCCUGAAUCCCUUCACUGAAUAUUACCCUGCUCACACUCCAACAGAUUGUCAGGUCCCAAGUACCAUUCGUCUCCAUUCACUCCUAUCUAACAUGCUCACGCACGCUUGCUGGAAGUCCAAGCCCCUUGCCCACAAAACCUCCUUUACCCCCUCUCUCCAACCCUUUCGAGGACGACCCCUACCCCGCCUUCCUUCCCCUAUAGAUUUAUAUGCUUUCCAUGUCAUUCUACUUUGAUCCAUUCUCUCUAAAUGACCAAACCACCUCAACAACCCCUCUUCUGCCCUCUGACUAAUGCUUUUAUUAACUCCACACCUUCUCCUAAUUUCCACACUCCGAAUUUUCUGCAUAAUAUUUACACCACACAUUGCCCUUAGACAGGACAUCUCCACUGCCUCCAACCGUCUCCUCGCUGCUGCAUUUACCACCCAAGCUUCACAUCCAUAUAAGAGUGUUGGUACUACUAUACUUUCAUACAUUCCCUUCUUUGCCUCCAUAGAUAACGUUUUUUGACUCCACAUAUACCUCAAUGCACCACUCACCUUUUUUCCCUCAUCAAUUCUAUGAUUAACCUCAUCCUUCAUAAAUCCAUCCGCCGACACGUCAACUCCCAAGUAUCUGAAAACAUUCACUUCUUCCAUUCUCCUCCUCCCCAAAGGGGGUAAAUAUGCUGACAAAAAUGAGAUCACCAGUACUCGAAGAUGUUGAGAAGUUAUUAUUGGUGUGGAUAAACGAGAAACAAUUAGCAAGAGAUAGUCUUAUGCAGUCACUUGCACGACGAUUUGGUAAAGAAAUUGCCUGCAACUAGUGGUGAUGAGUGAAUUUAAGGCCAGCAAAGGCUGGUUUGAGAGAUUUAAGAGGCGUACUGGCAUACACAGUGUGAUAAGGCAUGGUGAGGCUGCCAGUUCGGACCAAAAAGCGGCUGAAAAAUAUGUGCAGGAAUUCAAGGAGUACAUAGAGGCUGAAGGACUGAAACCUGAACAAGUGUUCAGUUAUGACGAAACAGGCCUCUUUUGGAAGAAAAUGCCGAAGAGGACCUACAUUACUUGAGAGGUAAAGGGACUGCCAGGACACAAGCCUAUGAAAAACAGGCUGAUGCUCAUGUUCUGUGCUAAUGCUAAUGGGGAUUUCAGAGUGAAGCUGUUACUAGUGUACCAUUCAGAAAAUCCUAGGGUGUUCAGGAAAAACAGUGUUAUGAAGAGUAAAUUGUGUGUGUUUUGGAAAUCUAAUAGUAAGGCAUGGGUCACGAGGGAAAUUUUCGUCGAGUGGUUCACUGAAGUGUUUGGCCCUAGUGUGAAGAAUUACCUCCUGGAAAAGGAAUUGGAUCUCAGGUGCCUCCUAGUAAUGGACAAUGCACCUGCUCAUCCUCCAAACUUGGAUGACCUAAUUUUGGAGGAGUUUGGGUUCAUCACAGUAAAGUUCUUGCCCCCGAAUACCACUCCCUCCUCCAGCCCAUGGAGCAGCAGGUCAUUUCAAACUUAAAAAAAAAAAAACUACACUAAAGCAAUGUUUCAAAGGUGCUUUAAUGUGACCUCAGACACUCACUUGACCCUAAGAGAUUUUUGGAAAGAA